GCCGCCGCCGGGGAAAAGAAAGAGAGGAAGGAAGGACAAGAAAAGGAAAUAAAAGAGAAAGGGGGAGGGGAAAAGCAACUAGUUGUCUAGCUUCAGUCAAGGGAGUUGAAGGCAAAAAAGUUCUCAGGCGCCGCAGGUCCGGGUCUCUCUCAGCCCCUCCCGAGGCGCAGCCGCUAGACCAGUGGAGCCGGGGCGCAGGGCGGGGGCGGAGGCGCCGGGGCGGGGGAUGCGGGGCUGCGGCGCAGCCCCUCGGCCCUAAGAGCGAGGAGCGCGCCGCUCCCGACGCCCAGCGCCGCCCUCGCCUCUUCUCUAGUCUCGGCCCGUCGAGCCGGGGCGCCCGGGCGGAGCCCUCGCCCGCCUGGUUAGGGGGUGCGCGUCGGGAGAGGCAGAAGCCAUGGAUCCCGGGCAGCAGCCGCCGCCUCAGCCGGCCCCCCAGGGCCAAGGGCAGCCGCCCGCGCAGCCCCCCCAGGGGCAAGACCCGCCGUCCGGGCCUGGGCAGCCGGCGCCCCGGGGGUCCCAGGGGGCGCCGCAGGCACCCCCCGCGGGGCACCAGAUCGUGCACGUCCGGGGGGACUCGGAGACCGACCUGGAGGCGCUCUUCAACGCCGUCAUGAACCCCAAGACAGCCAACGUGCCCCCGACCGUGCCCAUGAGGCUCCGAAAGCUGCCGGACUCCUUCUUUAAGCCGCCGGAGCCCAAAUCCCACAACCGACAGGUCAGUACUGAUGCAGGAACUGCAGGAGCCCUGGCUCCACAGCAUGUCCGAGCGCAUUCCUCUCCAGCUUCCCUGCAGCUGGGAGCAGUUUCUCCUGGGACCCUGAGCCCCACUGGAGUAGUUUCUGGCCCAGCAGCUACACCCACUGCUCAACAUCUUCGACAGUCUUCGUUUGAAAUACCUGACGAUGUACCUCUGCCAGCAGGCUGGGAAAUGGCGAAAACAUCUUCUGGUCAGAGAUACUUCUUAAAUCACAUCGAUCAGACAACAACAUGGCAGGACCCCAGGAAGGCCAUGCUCUCUCAGAUGAACGUUACAGCCCCCACCAGUCCACCAGUGCAGCAGAAUAUGAUAAACUCGGCCUCAGGUCCUCUUCCUGAUGGAUGGGAACAAGCCAUGACUCAGGAUGGAGAAAUUUACUAUAUAAACCAUAAGAACAAGACCACCUCUUGGCUAGACCCAAGGCUUGACCCUCGUUUUGCCAUCAAUCAGAGAAUCAGUCAGAGUGCUCCAGUGAAGCAGCCUCCACCCCUGGCUCCCCAGAGCCCACCAGGAGGAGUCAUGGGAGGCAGCAACUCCAACCAGCAGCAGCAGAUGAGACUGCAGCAACUGCAGAUGGAGAAAGAGAGACUUCGACUGAAGCAGCAAGAACUGCUUCGGCAGGUGAGGCCACAGGCAAUGCGGAAUAUCAAUCCCAGCACAGCAAAUUCUCCAAAAUGUCAGGAAUUAGCUCUCCGUAGCCAGUUACCAACAUUGGAACAGGAUGGUGGGACUCAAAAUCCAGUAUCUUCUCCGGGGAUGUCUCAGGAACUGAGAACAAUGACGACCAAUAGCUCGGAUCCCUUUCUUAACAGCGGCACCUAUCACUCUCGUGAUGAGAGCACAGACAGUGGACUAAGCAUGAGCAGCUACAGUGUGCCCCGGACUCCAGAUGACUUCCUCAACAGUGUUGAUGAAAUGGAUACAGGUGAUACUAUCAACCAAAGCACCCUACCCUCACAGCAGAGCCGUUUCCCAGACUACCUUGAAGCCAUUCCUGGGACAAAUGUGGACCUUGGAACACUGGAAGGAGACGGAAUGAACAUAGAAGGCGAGGAGUUGAUGCCAAGUCUGCAGGAAGCUUUGAGUUCUGACAUCCUUAAUGACAUGGAAUCUGUUUUGGCUGCCACCAAGCUAGAUAAAGAAAGCUUUCUUACAUGGUUAUAGAGCCCUCAGGUAGACUGAAUUCUAAAUCUGUGAAGGAUCUAAAGAGAUAAGACGUAUAUACCUGAAAUUUCCAAAUAAGGCAGUUGCAAUCUUCUGGCUCAUACAGAAAAAGAUGAACAAACGUCCAGCAAGAUUCUCUCAUCCACUAUUUUGCUCUUCCUUGUCCAUUGCUGCUGUUAAUAUUUUGCUGACCUCUUUCACAGUUGGCUCUAAAGAAUCAAAAAAAACUUUUUUGUUUCUUUUGCUAUUAUAACUACUGUUCGUUUUGGGGGCUGGGGAAAGUGAGCCUGUUUGGAUGAUGGAUGCCAUUCCUUUUGCCCAGUUAGAUGUUCAACGAUCAUUUUAACUAAAUACUCAGACUUGGAAGUCAAAUGCUUCAUGUCACAGGAUUUAGUUUGUUCAAACAGUUGUUUCUUCAGCUACCUUUGGCCAGUGGAAAAACAUGACUUACUGGUCUGACAAGCCAAAAAUGUUGUAUCUGAUAUUAAGUACUUAAUGCUGAUUUGAAAAGAUAGCUGACACCAAGGCUGAAGACUGUUUUACUUUCAGUGUUUUUUUUUUUUUUUUCUCCUAGUGCUAUCAUUAGUCACAUAGUGACCUUGAUUUUAUUUUAGGAGCUUAUAAGGCAUGAGACAUUUUCCAUAGAAAUAUAUUAAUUAUUGCCACAUACUCUAGUAUAGGUCUUGUGUUUUUGUUUUUUGGGGUUUGUUUUUGUUUUUUUUUUUUUUUUUCUUCAGUUGAUUGGUUUUGUCAGAACCUAGGCAAAUUACUUUAUUAGUGAAUCUGUUUAUAAUUGUAGUGUGGUAAGGUUAUUAGAAUUCUUUGGUGAAAUCUACAUUUUCUCAUUUUUUACCAUCUUAUUUAAAUCUUGAUUAUCUGCUCUCUCUAUAUAUACCCACACACACUUACAAUGUUUAUGAUAGUGUGAUAGCAGAGUAUAUCUUUUUUUUUUUUUUUUUUUAGGUUUUCCUACUUUUCAGUAUAUUUUAAAAUGGUAGCUUUGAAUGUAUGCAUUUAGAAUCCAUGACUAGUAGUUUAUAUUUUACAGAUAGUUGAGUUCUGAUUGGGGCAGUCUGCAGGUGUUUGAGGUAGUUUAGUGUUCUAGAAAAAGCUACUAUUACGGAUAGUGCCUAGAGAAGUACCACAUACCCUCUGGGCAUACAGUAAAUAUUAUCUGAUGAAUUUGAAAGGAGCAAACAAAAAAAUGGCUUUAUUUUCCCUUUGUUACUCCCUUGGACUAAUUUUAAGUCUUGAUGGGAAAUCACAUGACAGAAGUAAGCUCCAUAUAGUGGGUUAGCUUCCUUUAGCUUUGGAAGUUUAUCUUCACUUAGCUUUGGAAGUGAAGUCUAGUGCCGUAGUUCUCAUUUGUAAUGAACACAUUAAAGCUAGAUUGAAAAAUCGCCUACAAGAUUGUUCUUUGUUGUAAGUCUUGCUCCUACUUCUAUAUGCUGAGAAUUGACCCUGGGCAGUGUAUAGAAUACUGUAAGGUCAUGAAUUAGUGGUAAAGUGAUCAGAUUAAUAAAUGUAUAUUGGUAGUUGAAUUUAGCAAAGAAAUAUCGAUAAUCUUGAUUAUACCUUUAUUUUUACAGGAAGAGAUAUAACUAGAGUAUGUGUCUACAGGAGUAAUAAUGGUUUCCAAAGAGUAUUUUUAAAGGAACAAAAUGAGCAUGAAUCAACUCUUCAGUAUAAGCUAUAAAGUAAUGGUUGUGAGUUAUAGUGGCACCAGCUAACACCUCUAUGAUUAAGGGUCUUUCAUUGUUUCUAGUAUAAUCCCUUAUUUUAAAGGGUUUAUGACAGACAUAAAAUCUCUUUCCUGGCCAAAGCUGCUAUGAAAAGCCUCUGCUUGGGAAGAUACAUUUUUUUCUAAUUAAAAAAAAUCUAAGUAUUUUGGCCCUUUGAUUUAGAGGAGUGCAAAAGUUGAGAUUAAGGAGUUUUAUAUUAAAUACUUUCAGUGCUCAAGAAAUGCAAUCACUGUGUAUAUAAUGAUUUAUAGGUUGACAUUCAUAAUAAUUGACUCUUAAGACUUUUAUUAAGAAAACAUCAGAGAGAUUAAAUCUUGAAUUAAGUCUGAAGGGCAAGUGGCCACUGUGCAGAAGCAUUGAUUUUUAGAGCAAUAAUGAAUUCUACUUAGAAUGCAUAAUUGAGUAUAUGGAUGGUACAGCAUGUUGUUGUUGUUUUCAUGUGCAGAAGAUCAAAGCUACUUGGAAGGAGUGCCCACAAUUUGCUACUAAGCCACAGAUUAAGAUUGAAUUUUAUAUAUCAGCAGAGUAGCUUUAGAUUUGGGGGAGGGUGGGAGGUAGGGGGGUUGUGAAGACUUAGUGAGACCUUGAUAGAGUAUAAGCUUCUUUCUCUUCAAUAAAGAUUUGUCUUGCAUCUCGCUGUCUUUAAAGGCAGUUGUUCCUAAAUUGCAGUCACUUAAGUACACCCACAAAACAAGAAUAUGCAGCUCUUUAUUUCCCCUCAACUUUAAUUUGCCCAGUUAUACCUCAAUGUUGUAGCAGCACUGUGGUACCUGACAGAGCUUUGAUCCAAUCAUAUGACCUGAAGGAGACCCAAGAGUCCUUUCUCUUUUUGAGUUUGAAUCACCGCCUUGAUGUGGUCUUUCUUAUUCUAUGUCCUUGUUUCUAAUGUAAAAGUGUUUAACUGGUUGUAUUGGGUCGCAUUGGGAUAAGACUUUAACUGGGUAUUCUUGAAUUGCUUUUACAAUAAACCAAUUUUAUAAUCUUUAAAUUUAUCAGCUUUUAUAUUUGUGUUCUUUUCAGUAAGGGUUUCUUAGAUCUGCUUAUGGUUGAUGGAGCACAUUGAUUUGGAGUUUCGGAUCUUUCAAAGCACUAUUUGUUGUAAUAAAUUUUUCUAAAUAUAGUGCCUUUUUUAAAAAGAAAAAAAUAAGGAAGUGAUUUCUUUUUUUUACAAAAAACGUUGCUGUUUUAAGUAUUCAUGUUAAGUAGAUGCAUUCUAUAUGGAACCAUGGCAGAAAGACUGAAAAAUAUCAAUAAUUAUGUAAUUCAGAAUUCAUACCAAUCAGUGUUGGAACUCAAGCAAUGCAAAAAUGAGGCAGUUUCCAGUGAUUAACAAUUUUGUAGCUUUUGCACAUCUGACAAAUGAGUGCUCAGAUGAAUUUUAUCUUGGCAAGCAUGUUUUUAUAUGAAUUGUGGGUGUGCCUGUCUUAACAAUUAUUUUCUGUAUCGUAAAAAAGUAUUCUCCACGUUUUAAAUGUUUUAUAUUAGAGAAUUCUUUAAUGCACACUUGUCAAAUAUAUAUAUAUAUAUAUAUAGUACCAAUGUUACCUUUUUAUUUUUUGUUUUAGAUGUAAGAGCAUGCUCAUAUGUUAGGUACUUACAUAAAUUGUUACAUUAAUUUUUCUUACGUAAUACCUUUUUGUUUAUGUGGUUACAAAUAUAUUCUUUAAACUCUU